AGGCUGAGCGCGGCUUUAAGAGCUCAGAAAAGGCAGCGGACAAACACAACUAUCGGAGGUUUUAUUACUUGAUGCUUCUGAAUUCCUUCCGGCUCUGCUGAUCGUUGAUGCUGAAUUUAAUCUCGGAAUACAAGUCUUUUUUUUUCUGGCUUUUAUUCGCUGCAUCAACUGAACGAUGCUGCAGUGAGAGAGGAGCGCACUGAGCGUCUCGGUUUAUUCACAUGUAAAAAGAGAAAGUGUUACGCGUAGACUAUUUAUUUUCGAUCAUUUUGGAGAAAGAAAAAGCUCAGACUUGCUCGGUUCCUGCUUGUUACGGACAACAUGCCGCAGACACCACCUUUCAAGGGGCAGCUGAACACCGGUGGCUACAACAACAAUUUGUACGAGACCAAGGAGGAAGGCUACCUCGGCCUUUAUUAUCAUGACAACAACCUAGCGUCUGGCUCCCUGGAGGCCCUCAUUCACCACCUGGUGCCAACUAUGGACUAUUAUCCAGACAGGACAUAUAUCUUCACCUUCCUGCUCAGUUCUCGCCUCUUCAUCCACCCGUACGAACUUAUGUCCAAAGUGUGCCACCUGUGCAUUGAGCAGCAAAGACUUAGCGAUCCUCAAGCAGAUAAGCUGAGACUCAGAAAGAUCACUCCAAAAAUUCUCCAGCUGCUGACAGAGUGGACGGAAACUUUUCCCUAUGACUUCAGGGAUGAGCGGACGAUGCGCAGCCUGAAGGAGCUGACCCACCGGCUUGCCAGCGGAGACGAGGUAUACAAGAAGGCAGUGAGCCAGAUGAGCCAGGGUCUGAUCAGGAGGUUGACGGUGCUCAGCCAGUAUGAGGAGGCGCUGGUCAAGAUCAAUGCAACUGCGGCUGAGCGGCUAACAACUUUGAAGGCGAAACCCCAGGCAGCAAUCCAAAGAGGCUUGCUCUCUAUUUGCAAUGACCCCUUCACUGUCGCCCAACAGCUCACACACAUAGAGCUGGAGAGACUGAGUUACAUCGGACCUGAAGAAUUUGUUCAGGCUUUCGUCCAUAAAGACCCUCUGGAUCAUGACAAGAACUGCUUCAGUGAUCGCAAGAAGGCCAGCAACCUGGAAGCCUACGUUGACUGGUUCAACAGACUCAGUUAUUUGGUGGCCACAGAGAUUUGUUUGCCUGUGAAGAAAAAGCACCGAGCUCGAGUCAUCGAGUUCUUCAUCGACGUGGCGCGUGAAUGCUUCAACAUCGGCAACUUUAACUCCCUCAUGGCCAUCAUAUCUGGGAUGAACAUGAGCCCAGUGUCCCGGCUGAAGAAAACCUGGAGUAAAGUCAAAACAGCCAAGUUUGACAUCUUAGAGCAUCAGAUGGAUCCUUCAAGCAAUUUCUACAACUACAGAACAGCACUGAGAGGAGCCACCCAGAGAUCCAUCACAGCCAACAGUAGCAGAGAGAAGAUUGUUAUCCCUUUCUUCAGUCUGCUCAUUAAAGACAUCUACUUUCUCAACGAGGGAUGCUCUAGCCGGCUCCAGAACGGCCACAUCAACUUCAUGAAAUUCUGGGAACUUGCCAAACAAGUGAGUGAGUUCAUGACUUGGAAGCAAGUAGAGUGCCCGUUUGAGAAGGAUCGCAAGAUCCUGCAGUACCUGCUGACCGCUCCUGUGUUUACAGAAGAUGCUCUGUAUCUGGCAUCGUAUGAAAGCGAAGGACCUGAGAACAACAUGGAGAAGGACAGAUGGAAGUCUCUGAGAUCCACUCUGCUGAGCAGAGUUUAGAGCUGAAGAAACGCAGAGGGAAGACAAACCCAACAGGUGGGACGCAACCUGUCGACACUGCUGUUCUCCAAGCGAAGUAUCCCGAUCUCUGAUGGGAAACGACAAUCUCUCCUCAGACUGUGGAGGACUUUGAAUGUCUCCCUCCCCAGCACUGAGCUGUGCUACCCACCACCACCCACAACCCUCGGCCCUCCCUGCUGUAUAUUUUAGGACAGCUGUUUUUUCAUCUCUUUGUAUGACUUUAUAGUCGUUUUGUUAAAGACACACUACAGACCUUCAAAGUAAGAAGGUUAAUUUUUCUCUGUGUGAAGGUGUUGGGGCUUGUUGCGCCCCCUGCUGUUUUUAAUACUUUUAUUAUUGUGUAGCUGCUGGUCGGCUGACACAACAGAUACGCUACACUUCUUCUGGUUCCUGAUGCCUGCACUCUGUACGAAGAAGCUAAACCUGAACUCUGUAGUUCAUUAAGAUAACAUUAUUUGUCCGGUUCUCCAGUUCAUUUUUCAUUAUUUUCCUUUUUUUCUCAUUCCAUAUCUUUUGAUUUUGAGUCUGACAGUCUGGUUGUGAUGUGUUUUUAAAAAUGCACUGGCUGUAUUUAAAAAGACGUGUCUGCUAUUUGUUUUUGUUGAAACUUUUCAAAAUAGGAAGCAACAUUUAAAAUUGUGGCUGAAUGUCAGUGUGGGUAAAUUGUUAGAGGAAGGCUGUUUGAAAGUGGCCCCCCGCUGCUGAGGUAACGUGCUGCCUCCUGGUGGUCGGUUCAGAAAACUGAAUUUGUUUUGCGUGUUUGAAAAUGUUACAUAUUUGUUUUAUUUAUAAAUGUGUGUGUUAUCAUUUUAUUAUUUAAUUUUGUACUAGAUACAUGACAUUGUUAAAUGUGAUUAGCUGUCAGAUGUUUGCUUGGAUAUUUUUAUGAAACACUUUGUUUUCAAGGUACCAGGUCAGAGGAUGAAGUUAAAUGUGUUUUUUGACUGAUGUCUGCUUUGCCUUGACUAUUUCCACACAGAGUUAUGUUUUCAUUAUUUGUGUUUGUGUCACUCUCUCACUCUCUCCGUUUUAAUGAUCCAUUUGUAUUUGUACCACUGAAACAGAAUAGAGAAGCAGUUUAAAACUGAUUUAGUUGUGUUAAAAAGAAAGCUAAUAAAUAGUUUUUCCUCAUCAAA